AUUUAUGUGGUAUCGUUCUUUAACAUUUUAAUAGAUUUAAUCUUGAUUUUUAUUCUAAUUUUUCCUGAUCGACAUUCUUGGUCGCCCACACCUUGAAUUUCAAUACCGUCUAUACACUUGCCGCAUUCGGCCAUUGCAGUAUCCUUUCAAGUUGACAGGGAUCAUAUCUGAUAACAACAGCGCUUGUUUGCUCUAUUAAUACGCGAGACACUUCAGCCGCAGCCGCUCUUUGUCCGUCUUUCUGCUCAAGUCGCACGACGCCGUCUCUUAUCCUUAGAACGCCAUUAUUUCACCGUCCCCUUUGUGAUACGAAACACAGCUUUUCCACCAUGUCGAACGAGAAGGGGGCUCCCGGCGAGUCGCCCAUGAGCCGGAAAAUCCCAUAUUGGCGCAUGGUUAUGGAUCAGGGCGCCGUGACCCAGGAAGUCAUCGAUCAUCCGUAUCCCGGUUCAGGAACAGAAGAGGAUCCAUAUGCUGUCACCUGGCUCCCCAAUGAUCCACGAAACCCUAUGCAGUUCGCCAAUAGCACGAAAUGGUUCAUCACUAUGCUUGCUGCCAUUUCGACCCUGGCCGUUGCACUAGUUUCAUCAGCCUAUACCGGCGGUGUUGCUCAGAUCAGACAACAAUUUCACGUUGGCACCGAAGUUUCUACUCUGGGUGUUUCACUUUUCGUCCUUGGUUUCGCCAUCGGACCUCUGCUCUGGGCUCCUCUGAGUGAAAUGUUUGGUCGUCAGAUCAUUUUCUUUAUCACUUACCUCGCUUUAACCGCCUUCAACUGUGGAAGUGCUGGCUCCCAGAACAUCCAGACGCUGAUCAUUCUUCGAUUUUUCGCCGGAUCGUUUGGCUCCUCCCCUCUUACCAAUGCGGGAGGUGUCAUUGCCGACAUGUUCUCUGCUAAAGAGAGAGGUGUUGCGACGAGUCUUUUUGCGGCUGCUCCGUUUCUAGGCCCCGUUCUCGGCCCUAUCAUCGGAGGUUUCCUGGGGAUGAAUGCCGGAUGGAGAUGGGUGAUGGGUUUCUUGGGAGCCUUUUCUGGCUUCGUUUGGAUCGUGGCCUCCCUGCUCACACCCGAAACGUAUGCACCGGUUCUUCUUCGUCGCCGCGCCGAGAGACUGUCCAAGAUUACCGGUAAGGUCUAUCUCAGCAAAUUGGACAUCGACCAGGGCAAGGUUAGUCUCAAGCAAGCGUUCGGCACCGCAUUGUCGCGUCCCUGGAUCCUACUCUUCCGGGAGCCUAUUGUGUUCUUGCUCUCUUUGUAUAUGGCUAUUGUGUAUGGCACCUUGUAUAUGCUCUUCGCCGCCUACCCAAUUGUGUUCCAGAUGGUCCGUGGUUGGAACCAGGGUGUGGGCAGUCUUCCAUUCCUUGGUAUCAUGAUCGGAAUGCUGGCUGCUGUGGCCUACAGCAUUAUCGACAACAAGCGGUACGUCAAGACUGACGAAAAACAUGACGGGUUCGCUCCUCCCGAAGCACGUCUCCCACCAUGCAUGGUUGCUUCUCUCGCUAUUCCCAUCGGUCUCUUCUGGUUUGCCUGGACCAACUACCCGUCUAUCCACUGGAUGGCCUGCGUCGCGGCAGGAGCCCCCUUCGGUUUUGGCAUGGUCCUGGUGUUCUUGAGCAUCCUGACCUACCUCAUUGACACAUAUACCAUCUUUGCUGCGUCGGUUCUGGCAGCAAAUUCGGUUCUGCGAUCGGUCUUCGGUGCUGUCUUCCCGCUGUUCACGACAUAUAUGUACAGCGACCUUGGCAUUCAUUGGGCUUCCACCAUUCCUGCCUUCCUGGCUCUUGCAUGCGUACCGUUCCCGUUCCUAUUCUAUAUUUACGGCCCGAAGAUCCGCCUGCGCUGCAAGUACGCAGCUGAAUCCGAUGCCUUUAUGCGCAAGAUGGCACAGCAGAUUAAGCAACAGCAGGGUGAGCCUGAAGACAAGGAACAAGAACUAGCCUAUGACCGCACGGAGGCACCUGGCGUCGAAGUUUCCGAUAGUAGCGAUGAUGAAAGCGGUUCGCAUGUUGGCGAGCUGCCGCCGGUGCAACAAAUUCGCACCAAGUCAUCGGUUCGAACCGCUGGUUCUGCGCGUCAGUCGAUCUAUGACGGGAACCCGUACGAUAUCGACCGUGUUCAUACCCGCGAGUCCUUCAAAUGAACUUGACUCGUGUAGUCCCUACAGAAGGAUCAUUGCACAAACAUCCCCCAAGUUCUUCACUUUCCCGACAUUUUAAAUAUACCGAUACCGACUAUGUCGAUAAUUUUUAGUAUCUAUUACCCUAUUUAUCCUUAUACCCGUUUGUUGAUAGCACUCGACGUGUUGAUGUGAGAUGCGCGUGAUGGAAGAGAAAAAGUUUGUGUCCAUGCAUUGAGCCCUUUUUCCAAGGCUCUACUUUUAUUAUUUAGACGAUUGUUUGAUGUUGAUAUACCCGGCGUGUCAUUGCAUAUUUUCCAGUUUGCUUGCAUUAUAGGUCGUGGAGUUGGGGAUCUGAUCUGGCGUAUGUAUGCGACGUGCUAGAGAGAAUACAUUACUACCUAUACUUGACUA